AUGAUUAAAGCAGAUUUUCGUCCAGUCACAAUGGGGGCCAUUUUGUCAUCGGAAAAGAGGAUAAAGGCGGAACGAAUUAAACGGGAAACCCUGGACCACCAGCUGCAAAAGUUGCAGCGCAGCUUGCAUGUAACAGCCGUAUCUCAUUACAUCGCCUCAGAGUAUUAUCGCCGCUUAGACUCUAAGCUUCAAUAUGCGUCCGCUUUUACCGGCGCCAUUGGCAGUACAACAAGCGUCGCGUCGAAGCUUGGGUGGAAAUUAAUGGUAUCAAGCAGUCCUCGUCUCGCACCCGUAUUGGUUGCUGUCUCCACGACCUCGCUGCUUUUUACAGCCUUGGUUCAUCUGCCGCAGAUUAAUAAUACGCCGGGUAAUAUGUACAAGGCGCACUUUCAGUCUGGGAUAGAGUGUCAGUAUCUCCAAAAACAAGUGAAGUUCUUGAGGAAGACAGCGGUCUGGGAUGCAAGCGUGCCCUGGGAAACACUCGCGAAUCAGUACAGUGAGCUACUCUUGGAAAAGAAACGAGUAAACACUAGGAUACAAAGUGAAAAUUGGUCUUAUCGUAAAGCUUUGAACAAGAUCGACAACAGGAAGGAAGAAAAAAAGCGGAAGGAAAAUGAAAUAAGAAAAGAUUGA